CGAGCAGCACAGGCCCGCAGCCCCGCACAUCUGGAUUUCACAGGGAUCUUUUGCUUUUCACUCAGUCCAACUGUAGCCGCAGCAUUUCCACUCCUGCCACUGCCCCACUCUGUUAUUCGUCUGCAAUGAAGGAGAGGAGAAGCGCGCAGCCCUGCGUGGCCAAGUGCAAGCUGGUGCUGGUCGGAGACGUGCAAUGCGGUAAAACAGCGAUGCUGCAAGUGUUGGUGAAAGACUGCUAUCCUGAGACUUAUGUCCCCACUGUUUUUGAGAACUACACGGCGUGUCUGGACCUGGAAGACCAGCGUGUAGAGCUCAGUCUCUGGGAUACGUCAGGUUCUCCAUAUUAUGACAACGUCAGGCCCCUCUGCUACAGCGACUCAGAUGCCGUGCUGCUUUGCUUCGACAUCAGCCGACCGGACACAGUAGAUGGAGCGCUGAGGAAGUGGAAAGCAGAGAUUCAGGACUUUUGCUCCAGCACACGAAUCCUACUUGUCGGCUGCAAGACAGACCUACGCACAGACGUGUGCACGCGCUUGGAGCUGUCCAAUCAGAAACAAGCUCCCAUCUCCCAGGAGCAGGGUUCGUCCUUGGCCAAGCAGCUUGGAGCCGAGUCCUACCUGGAGUGCUCCGCCUUCACGUCAGAAAAGAGCAUCCGCAGUGUUUUCCGUACUGCGGCUCUGGCCUGCGUUAGCAAUCUGCAACCUGGCACUAAACCAAGCCCAGUCCCCCGCCUCUCCAAAAGAAUGCUCCACCUGCCCAGCAAGACGGAGGUGGUCUCCUCCACCCUCAGCAAGGACAAGUCCAAAAGCUGCUCCGUCAUGUGAGUGCAGCUGAAGCCUCGCUGUGCGGGAGAAGGAAUGGACAGGAUAACUGUACUGUAGCGGGGCCAGCAGGGAUGCAGGAAGUGCAUCCCCCAAAACUACAACAACCACUCCCUGACAGAUCAGUGCACACUCUGUAUUCAACUCAAAUGUUGAAAUUUUGAUCCCUACACAAUUUUUAUUUGACUUAAAAUGAAGUAGUCUGCUACAAAGGGAAAUUAGGAUGCACUGGAAGUCGCUGACCCACAUGAUGGUUGCUGCGAAUUAGCCUAAAUAAGGUCAGCACCUUUAUUUUCCACGGGGCUGAAUUAAAGCGAUGAAACCCAUUUGAAGUUCUGAUUAUGGUGCCCUUACCCAUCCAUCUUUCUAACUGAAUGUGUGUCAAAGGUCAGCGUAUGUGUCAGGUGAUGAGACGAAACAUAAAAUCUGACGGUGACACGAAGUGGUGUCUACAUAAAUGAAGCUCGGGGAAUUUAAAACAGAGGCCCCUGAAGAAAUUAUGCCCACGGCUGGCCCCGCGCAGCAUUUCAUCUUGAAACGAAAGCAGACAGCAGAGAAAAGGUGCUGCGAAGGGAGGGAUUUGGCAAGCGGAGGGCUCGUUUGCAAAGGCAGUGGGAGGACAAACAGAUGCCUCCUGAAGGAGCGCAAUGUGACUCAGCAUCGCAUGAGCGGCGAAGUCGACACGGGUGGACGUGCUGUGAUAAACCUAACAUGUCUUUGUGACUCUCUGUCAUUACCCAUCGCCACAGAAGUUAGUUUUUUUCAAAUUUGAUUACUAAAAGACUGAUGAAUCAUGUUAAUAUUUUAUAUAUGGUCCAGCAAAAGAUUUAAUAAUUUCUUUUCAUAGACGAGACAUCGAUUUUUUUUUUUUUUU